AUGGCAGAAACCAGGAAUCCAAGAAAAACCACCAAGCAAAACCACCAAGACCAAAACCACCUCUCCCAGAAACCACCCUCUUGGGCUGCUGUCAGAAGCUUCUUCACAUGCAAAGACCACCACACAACAGCAGCAGCAGCAGAAGAUUGCAUGCAAGAAAACAGGAAGAAGUGCAAAAGGAUAGGCUGUUCUGGGUCUUUCCGUAGUCUGAGGGAACAAACAAGAGCCAUGCACACGCAGGAACCAGCAGGUUCAAUGGGUGGCUGUAAUUCUUUGAGUAGAAGCUUGAAAGCUCCUCUCAAUGAGAUUAAUGGGGUUGGAUCUUCUUCAAGAGGAAUGAAUUCGAGGAGGAUUUCAGGUUGUUAUGAAUGCCACAUGGUGGUAGAACCAAGCAGUGCAGUUUCAAGAGAUGUUUCCUCUCUGAGGGCCACACUACACACUUGUCUUGACUGUGGGGAGGUUUUUACAAACAGUGAGUGUUUGGAGCUUCAUCAGGCAGUUAGACAUGCAGUGUCCGAACUGGGUCCUGAAGACAGUCGCCGAAAUGUAGUACAAAUCAUAUUCCAAUCAAGUUGGUUGAAGAAACAACCUCCUUUCUGCAAGAUAGACAGAAUCCUCAAAGUCCACAACACUCAGAAAACCAUAAACAGAUUUGAAGAUUACAGAAAUUCCAUAAAAGCAACAGCUAACAAGCACCCGAGAUGCAUAGCUGACGGAAACGAGCUUCUGCGGUUCCAUUGCACAACCUUUGUCUGUUCCAUUGGCUUGAGUGGAUCGACCAACAUCUGCAACUCAAUUCCAAGGUGUAAGGUUUGCAGCAUAAUCAGAAAUGGAUUCAAAACCAAUGGGACAGUUGGGAUUUGGACUACAGCUACUAGUGGAAGAGCACAUGACAGUGCUCGAAUUCCAUUGGAGGAAAACCGGGCCACGUUGGUAUGUCGGGUGAUCGCCGGUAGGGUGAAGAAGAUUCAUGAUGUGGCUGAAGAGUUCGAUUCAGUUGUGGGCCCCACAGGCACUUGCUCUAAUUUAGAUGAGUUGUUUGUGUUCAAUCCCAAGGCUAUCUUGCCUUGUUUUGUGGUAAUCUACAGAGUUUUGUAGUGUUUUCUAUGUGAGGAUUGGUUAUUUGAUUUCACAUUUGAGUUUUAUUCAAGUAAAUCUUGUUUAUUUCCAGUUUGAUUUUACUUGUUUUGGUUUGAUUGUGUUUGUAACGUCAUUCUAUUGAUGAUCUGGCAUGAAACAACCAUAGCAAAAAAUGAUUCUAGGUGGAGCUUUUAUCAGUAUGUGAUCAAGAACAGUGGUCAUGGGAAGUAGGCCCUGAUUGGGCUUGGGAGAUAAUGAUCUAGUGUGGGACAUCCAUGGUGAAAAUUCAUCAUCUGUGUAGCUUUUAUCAGUUCCUAAUCAAGGUCAGUGAUGAUGGGAAGUCGGCCCUGAUCAUGGUAAGUCAGUGCUGAUGUAAUUUCACAUUUGGGUUUUGUU